AUGAAUUCUACCUACAUCCUGCUUAUUCCUACCACCCGGAUGACGCAAGCCGCUAACGAAUGUCAAGUAAGUGGCCCCUCAAUUUCUCUUCAAUCUUGUUUUUUUUUUCUAGCCCGACUUUCAUAUCACGAACCUGUAUAGCUGUACCGAUCCAUCGGGACCAGCUUGCAGAGGUGAAGAUCAUAAAUGCCAAGGCAAAACGUGCUGCACUUGUGAGUUGAUGUUUAAUGUUUGAGAAGUUACAAGUUAAGAAGAGAAAAAUUAUUGUAUGACUCGUUGCGAUAUAAAAAAGAGUGCUGUAGGGUGUCCAUUUUCGUCCUAUGAAGGCGAAUUCAUGCACAAAGAAAGGCCGUGCGCUUCGAGGACAAGAGUUUUGUAGCUCGGAGGAAAAAAUCAUGAAACUUUGGCGCGUAACGGUCUACAGCUUUUCAACGUAUUUGUAUAGAUCUGCCGAACUUUCCGAUUACUCUAUUCGCUUUUCUUCUUUGGCGACGAUCUCGUGUUUAGUAUCACUUUUUCUUGUUUUUCUGAACUCGCCGAUGAUAUAGACACUUCACACAAAAAAAAUUCGAAAACCAUCAUUGAAAAAGUUGUUAUCACAAAUUUAAAAAAUGCGUGAAUUCAUCAAAUACCUUGAAAUUCAGUCCGUCCAGCUUCUUCCACUUUUCAAAAGUGGGCUGGAAGUUCGGGCGUAGACAUAACUGCGGAAGAACCGUUGAAAGAUUGCCUAAAGAACGGAGACUGCGACCAGGCGCACUUCUGCGAUACAGUAUUUAGUAUGACGGACAAAAUGAAUUCGAAGCCUUACCUAACUAACAACAAACUGCGGCGUCAACUCUGUUACCCAAGUCAGUGUUCCCUUUCUAUUCAAAAUUGACACUGUGUUUUCAGUGCCCAAAAUAGUUGGGGACCCGAAAAUUAAAGGAGUCGAUAAGAUCGGUAUGAAGGUUUGUUCUACAUUAAAAGAAUGCGACGAGCCCGAAAUCUGUUUGCCCCUUGCUCGAGACGUUUACGAUUCGACGGAAAACAAGUUUCACACAGGCGUUUGCACAGAGAGUUAUUGAAUUUUGGAAGUUCAUGUUGCACAAAUCGUAAUUUGCAGUUCAUGGAGAAGCCAAGGUUCCUCAAGAAGGAGAGCAUUGUAAAAAACAAACAGACUGUACGGAAGAAAAAGUUCAGAAAGAACAAGAAAGACAUGGCGAAAUACGAAAUGUGGGUCUCGUACGAUUAGAAAAAAAAACAACAGAUUAUUAUGAAACUGACAAAAAAUACACAGAUGCAAUUCUCUCCAAUUAAGUUCAGUUAUCAUAGAAAUAUUUUUCGCAAAACUUCAAAAUCAAAUACACGAAGAAAUAUUAAUUUUAUUCUCAAAAAAAAACCAUUCACACAAAAAUAAAGAAAUACUUCAAUUUUCAGAAUCACUUGCAAACGAUUCAAUUCUACUAAUGGAUUUAUUUCCGCUGGCAAGGGAGUUUGCUUUCAAGGUUUGAUUAAAUUCGAAUUUGAAAUGAAAGAAACUUUUUUUUUACAGCUAAUCUGUUUUGUGCUACGGGAUUGAGAGCUUUUCAACCGAAAUUCUCGUCCAAUGGUCAGGCGCUUUGUGGCAGAUACGCCGAAGCGAAAACCAGCAACUCGAUUGACAUUUGCUGCCGUGAGUGUAGUCUGGCCAUUAGGGUAUCAAUAUGUGCAGAACAGACCUAGUGAGCGAUUUCUUAGUUUGAUUUCCAAAGCUCUUGGGCUUUUCAAAAAGCCAUUUUUAUAUUCAAGUUUCUGCAACAUGUCCAAUAAACAGUUUCUCAGAGAGAAACUUUUUCAAUUUUCAGCGACACCAUUUUCAAGCGCUUUGUUCUGGGCUCAAAUUGAGGAGAGCAGAAAACUGCCAAGCGGUUUCAAUGCUACGGGAUCCGGUAGAAGUUGCGUAACCAGUGAGAAUUGCGGCUUCGCCGAGUUUUGUGACAAAACUACGAACAUCUUCAAUGGGCUGGGGGCCAUAGACGACUCUGGAGAUAACAAAACCGCUCUUCGUUUCUGUUAUCCUGGUGCGAUAGAAAAAUAUCAACAUAAAAGUAGAAAAGAGAUUAAAUUCCAGUUCCAAUCGAGUACUUUUUCGUUGAUGCGAAGAAUGAGAAACGAGUAUGCGCGUCGGACAUCGAAUGCUCCCCUCAUGGCACUUGUCGCACGAUUAAAGUCAUGUUGGGAUCACCGAAGCCUCGCAUCGGUUUUUGUUCAAUGGGUUGGUGAAAAAAAAAACUUUUAUUGACACGAAAAAACAUAGAUAAAAUCAGCGUCUAAGCAACUGUGGAAAAUUUUCUCUCGAAAUAUUGGCAACUUUUCCAUCAAGAAAGCAAAAAUAACGCAUUUAUUUUAUAAAGCUCGAGUUUGUUCAAAAGUCCUGAACCGUCCGAAACAGCAAAAUCGGAUAAAGCAGGGCAGAGGUUGAGAAAAUCUUUUCCUAACAGGAAAGGUUCACUUUGACGUUGGGACUUUUCAUGAAAUCGGCCAGAAAACUUCUUGAUGUACCAGAAGAAGAUUCUAGAAGUCUCAACCUGCACAACUUUCUCGUUUUCGAGAAAUAAGGGCUUGAAGCCCCCAGCCCCCUUUUUCAUGGAUUUUAAGGGUUUUUCUUGAGCGUGUUUUUCUCAAUAACUAGGAAGUUGUGCAAUUUGAGUUUUUCAUAAUUUUCUUUUUGUACAUUAAGGAAGGUUCUGGUCAGUUUUUAGGAAAGUCUCAACCGCGAGAACCUCCCUUGUGAAAUGACUUUCUGGCUCAAAAAGUUUUGACCUCUCACGGAUCACUUGAAAUUUUUUUUAAUAAGUCCAAAGUUCAUAUAGCCAAUCCACUAGCUUGGGACGCAAAAAAGGGUGGCCUGCCUGCGCUCUCCAUCUAACAGAUACUGUCUCUUUUCUCAUCGUGUCAGGACCCUUUUUCUUCAAGUCAGCCGUGAAUCAGCUAUAGUUAGAUGGCAAAAUUCAGAAUACAAAAUUUAGCUCAGUUACCGAUCGAUAACCUUUUGGCUGAGCCCCAUUCAUCCAAGAACGAUCCGAGAGACUUUGGCAAAAAAACAAAAACUUUUGAAGUAGCCCAGAAGCCGUUUUUAACUAUUUACAUGGGCCCAAGAGCAUUAGAAGAACGUGUUACUCAAUUUACUGACCCUUCCAACUUGAAGAUCCCACGACAAAGGCCACGACAACGUCGAAGUCCCCACCUUUUGUUACAAGCCACCCCAAAGAAGUCACCCCAAAUCUCCCUGUUGAUUCCAGCGUUUGUUCAUUAUUUACUUUUGAUUCAGUAAACGAACUAACUUGAAGUUAAACGGGGGAUUUUUCAGGACCCUGGCAAGGACAAACUGAUUGAGGAGCUGACAAUCUUGGAGAAGGAGUGCCGGAAGAAACUGGCCAAUAUCGGGUUCGUUCGAGAAACUUGUUUAUUAUACACCUAGAUUUUCAAGAUUCUUAGAAAAAUGAUUAUGGCGUGUUCAUCGGACAAAACGAAAUUGCUCCAAAAAAAAAAUUACUACUGUUUUGGAGCAACUUUGGUGCGCCGAAGAACACGUUUUUUCGUUUCGAAGCAUGUUCCAUUUGUCCAAUGAAGAAGCCAUGAAAAACUGUAUCCACAGUCCAAAGAAAUUAUAUGAUAAAGAACUGCGUUUAUUACUCUCAGCUUUUUUUAAAUCUAUCUUUUCGCAGUCAAACGCGGAAAACCUAUCGAAACCGGUCGUAAUACGUUUAAAAAAAAAAUUCCAGUACUUGUCCUGAUGGCAACCGUUGGCCCAUGAUUCUUCUUAGCGCAAGUCUAAUAGUUCUUCUGAUAACAAACGUCGCCUCAAUGAUAUACAUCUGGAAAAAUAAGAAGAAGUUUGUUUUUUUCUGAUCUUUUUUCCACUUCAAAGAACGAACUUUGCCAGAAAAACAAAAGUCGAAGUGCCGAAAGUUUCAAAACAAUUUUUUUCUUUGCACCCCACCGCCCAUGGCUUUUUCAGAGAGUUGUGAUUAUGAAGUUUUGUGUCUGCGAUCUCUUUUCUCUUGCUGGAGAAACGCCGGCGACAGAAAAGAGAGCGCAGACAAGCGAUGCUUUCUUUGAAAUUUAAUGACUUGCCUGCUUUCACAAGUUUAAUUUUUUUUUUCUUUUCGUGAAGGUAUUCAAGCCGUGACCCCGAACGAGCCGGCCGCCGAGGCAAAAACACCGCAAAUAACCGAAAAAGCCGCCAGUGUCGACCGCGUAGCCACAAAAUUAAAAAAACGCAGUCAGCCAGGAGGCCAAAAAAGAUGUAUACGUAAAAAAAAGAAAAUGACGCCAGAGCACCUCGAAUACAUUAAAAAAAUAUUCAAGUUUGAAAGAUUAACACAAUCGAAAUGAUAAUCUUUUUCAUUUUUUUAGAGAGCUGAAAAAGAAGACGCUUCGUCAGGAAAAAUUCAAAAAAACGCGGGCCAAUUGUUAUACCGAAGUCGCCUACCGUCUCCCAGGUACCAUUAUUUUUUUAUUUUUUUAUUUUCGAGAUAGUGAAAAAUAUAUUAGGCCCCCCUUUUUAUAACAACUCUGACUUUUGAAGCUUGUCCAAAUAGAAGUGGAAGAGAAAGAUAACCCCAUAGAAAAAGUCAUCUAUGACCCGUCGGACAAUGAGCAGUUUGAAGUAGGCACGGAGAUCGACGAAAUUGAAGUAAAGGAUAACUUUUGAUAAACCUAAUUAGAACACUGAUUCCAGGCGGCAAGCAGUACCGUCGCUUCCGUUCAGGGAACGACAGGAAAGAAGACCCCCAUGGAAAUGAAGGCACAGAACCAUUUUGCUCCGAAUAGCAAAGAUUCAGUUGCAAAGAAAUCGACCCCUGGACUCAACAUUUAUCAUGGAAAUAGUUCGUCUAAGGAGGUAUGUAAAAAGUAAUUUCGGUGAUUAUAUCAACUCUCAGCGCCUCGACUCCCUUUCUACCUUGACAAAGAAGGGACAACGACAAGCUUCGAGUCGUCCACAGAGCAGCCGACGGGACAGGAGCCAUUAG